GGAUCUUUCGGAUAGUUUUCGUGGCUAAAAUUCGGUAGGAGCGGUUACUUGAAGUAUAUCUUCGGCGUGGGGCUUAAUGGGGCUUUGUCAACGCUUAGCCAGUUACAUAAUGGACUGGGAGGCGUGGAGCUGGUGCUCGGCGCAGGCGCGAAGGGCGGAGGGCGCGCGAGGGAUGAGGGCGCGUCAGUCGGCGGUCGGCGCUCAGCGACUCAAGCUGGUCCGCGCCGCGCCCCUCACCGCCAGAGCGUGGCUCGGGGCGUGGCGCUUACGUAAACACGCGUGGUGGUACUCGCUGUAGGCCAGAAGCUGAAGCAGUAUCCGUCCUAGAACGACCCCAUGUCGGUCCGCCGCUUACCCGAUAUAUGUGGAUAGCUAACAGCAGGCCGCUGCGCUGUCGCCGCGGCCACUGCCACCAUCGUCGCUUAUCGCGCUUAUAGCAUCAAAAGCCGAGAUGCAGGCGCGCAGUGCGCUGAUGGCGCUGGCGGCAUUGGGAGCGCUGGCGGCGGCGAGCGCGGAGCGCGCGGGCGGCAUCAAGGUGGGAGGCACAGCGGGCGCGGCGGGUGCGGGCGUUGGCGGCACGCGUGACGGCGGGCGCGGCGGCGGCGUGCGGCUGGGAGGCGACGGACUGCGGCGCGCGCGCACUUCACCCGCGCCCGCAGCUCCCCGCGCCCCCUCUGUCAUCACCGCUGCGCUUGUCGUACCACAUAAGGCUUUCGGCGCGCGCGACUACACGCGAGCAGAGAAAGCGGCCUUAGCGAAACUCCCGCGCAAACUACAGAAACUCUUCUCGCAUGUGCGCCUCAACAUUACCCUUUCUAUGCAAGGCCUCACGCCCAGUCCGAUGUCUAUCUUGGACUCGUUAUGUAAAGAAUUUUUAGCAGUCAAUGUGUCUGCUAUCCUUUAUCUUAUGAAUCAUGAACAAUACGGGCGCUCUACUGCCUCUGCACAAUAUUUUCUACAACUUGCCGGAUAUCUUGGCAUACCGGUUAUCGCAUGGAAUGCGGACAACAGCGGGCUCGAGAAGCGAGCUGCCCAUGCCUCCUUACGACUUCAGCUGGCCCCGUCCAUAGAACACCAAACUGCCGCCAUGUUGUCGAUAUUAGAACGAUACAAGUGGCAUCAGUUCAGCGUCGUCACGUCCGCCAUUGCUGGCCACGACGACUUUAUACAAGCCGUCAGGGAAAGAGUUACCGCUCUACAAGAUCGAUUCAAGUUCACGAUAUUAAAUGCGAUUGUGGUGAAGAGGGGGUCAGAUUUGAAUGAGUUAGUGACGAGUGAGGCAAGGGUCAUGUUAUUGUACGCCACAAGGGAGGAAGCCGCUGAUAUUUUAUCAACGGCAAGAGAUUUACACCUGACAGGAGAAAAUUUCGUAUGGAUUGUUACACAGAGUGUGCUCGGCUCUAUGCAGCAACCAAACAAGUUCCCAGUUGGAGUACUAGGUGUGCAUUUCGAUACUUCUUCUGUGAUCCCGGAGAUCGCGACGGCGGUGAAGGUUUUCGCAUACGGCGUAGAGUCGUUCGUGUCGGAAGCAGAGUACGCCCGCUACCCGCUGGGCACGAGGCUGUCGUGCAGCGGCGCGGGCACGGGCGAGGCGCGCUGGUCAACCGGCGAGCGAUUCUACCGCCACUUGCGGAACGUCAGCGUCGAAAGCGACGGCGGACGACCGAACAUUGAAUUUACGCCCGAAGGAGAAUUGAAGGCGGCUGAAUUAAAAAUCAUGAAUCUUAGGCCCGCGAUGGGUGAACAGUUAGUAUGGGAAGAAAUCGGAACAUGGAAUUCUUAUCCACGAGAACGGUUAAUAAUCAAAGACAUAGUGUGGCCUGGUGGGUUACACACUCCACCGCAAGGUGUACCGGAAAAAUUUCAUAUGAGGAUAACAUUUUUGGAGGAACCACCGUACAUAAAUCUUGCGCCGCCAGACCCCGUGAGCGGACGAUGUUCACUAGACCGUGGGGUCAUUUGUCGUGUUGCGCCUGAAGUCGAUGUUGCUGGUAUAGAAGCGGGGACGGCGCACAGGAACAGCUCGUUAUAUCAGUGCUGCAGCGGCUUCUGCAUCGACCUGCUGCAGCAGCUGGCGGAGCAGCUCGGCUUCACGUACGAGCUCGUGCGGGUGGAGGACGGCCGCUGGGGUACACUGCACCACGGUAAAUGGAACGGUCUCAUUGCGGAUCUCGUUAAUAAGAAAACAGACAUGGUUCUAACAUCAUUAAUCAUAAAUUCAGACCGCGAGGCUGUUGUAGACUUUAGCGUACCAUUUAUGGAGACGGGCGUAGCGAUUGUUGUGGCGAAAAGAACCGGUAUAAUAUCACCGACGGCUUUCCUGGAACCCUUCGACACGGCGUCGUGGAUGUUGGUCGGCGCCGUCGCGAUACAGGCCGCCACAUUCUCUAUAUUCUUUUUUGAGUGGCUCUCUCCGAGCGGGUUCGAUUGCUCGACUGGAAAUAAUUCAAAACGAAUCCCUCAAAAUCGGUUCUCACUUUGCAGAACGUAUUGGAUCGUGUGGGCUGUAUUGUUUCAGGCGUCUGUCCAUGUGGACUCGCCGCGGGGUUUCACGGCUCGGUUCAUGACGAACAUGUGGGCGAUGUUCGCGGUGGUGUUCCUCGCCAUAUACACUGCUAACUUAGCGGCCUUCAUGAUCACUCGCGAGGAAUUCCACGAGCUGAGCGGCCUGGACGAUCCGCGGAUAGCCAGGCCCCUGUCCCAGCGGCCGCCUCUAAAGUUUGGCACGGUGCCUUGGUCGCACACGGACGCUACUCUAGCUAAAUACUUUCCAGAACCCCAUGCCUAUAUGGCGCAAUUCAACCGGAGUACGGUAGGCGCUGGUGUGACGAGCGUACUCACCGGUGAACUCGAUGCGUUUAUAUAUGAUGGCACUGUACUCGACUAUUUAGUAUCCCAAGACGAAGACUGCCGACUUCUAACAGUAGGUUCGUGGUAUGCGAUGUCCGGCUAUGGAUUAGCGUUCACGCGUAAUUCUAAAUAUCUUAGUAUGUUCAACAAAAGAUUGCUAGAUUUGCGUUCAAACGGAGAUCUUGAAAGAUUACGCAGGUAUUGGAUGACGGGUACGUGCAAGCCUAACAAGCAGGAGCACAAGUCGUCGGACCCGCUGGCGCUGGAGCAGUUCCUUUCGGCAUUUCUGCUGCUGAUGGCCGGCAUCCUGCUGGCGGCGCUGCUGCUGCUACUCGAACACGUCUACUUCCGCUACGUGCGCGACCACCUCGCCGCCUCCCGCGUCGGCUCCUGCUGCGCCCUCGUCUCGCUCUCUAUGGGACAAUCCUUGUCAUUUCACGGCGCGGUGGUGGAGGCGGCGUCGCGCGGCUUCGGCGCGGCACACCGCGGCCAUUGCCGCUCGGCGGUGUGCGCGGCACAAGUGUGGCGCGCACGUCACGAGCGCGACGCGGCGAUGGCGCGCGCGCGGCAGUUGGCGGCGGCGCUGGCGGUGCACGGACUGCAGCCGCCGCCGCGCCGCCUGGCCUCCGCGGCCGCGCUGCUGGCGGGCGGCGCGCCGCACGACGCCACCAGGCCCCGCACGCUGCGCGCGCCCGCAGACCUACUGCCCGAACUCGACCGUCCCCUCUCUUGCGGCGAUCUGCGCUCCAGAGAGCGGACGCGAGUGGAAAUGGAAACUGUGCUGUGAGGUGUAUUUUGCACCACCCCAUUUCAAUUCCUAAGGCUGUUCUCUUACACCAAGUUAUACAAAACAAAGUUAGUUUAUAAUUAAGUUAAAUAAAACAGAUAAAAGGAAAUUGUAAUUAUUAAAUAAAUUAUUCCAAUUAUUAAAACAGAGAGAAGGACGUAGAUA